AUGGGCAAAUCAACUCUUGGAUUUUACUUGACAUUGACCUUUGUAUUCAACCGUUAUUUAUAAACAAUAUCUAAACUUUUAAUUCAUGAUCCUAGACCUUAUAUGGUUGAUGAGAGAGUUGAGGCUAUGAGUUGCUCUCAUGAGUAUGGUAAUCCAAGUGGACAUGCUUAUAUUUUUGGGCAUCAAGCUAGGAACAUGGGUUGCUCUAUUCUUCCAUAUCUGCUUCAGAGACUAAAUUUAUGA